AGUAUCUUUCUCCCACCAGGUGACAAAUUCAUCUCUCCUUGUGGACCAUGUGGAAUCCCAAUCCAGGCCAGCCUGGUGCCUAUCCUGGGGGAGCCUAUCCUCCCAACCCCUCCUACCCUGCUGGCUCCAAUCCUGCAUAUCCUCCUGCAGUGAAUCCUGGUUUCCCCCCUGGUCCUGUCCCUGGUGGCUCGUAUCCUGUUCCCCCAGCAGGGAUCCCAGGCCAGCCUGCCUACCCUCCAGGCCAUCCUAUUCAGCCCCCAUAUCCCGGUCACCAGCCUGGCUACCCUGUCCCACCUGGUGGUCCCUACCCUCCACCUGCCCCAGGGAUGCCUGGAGGGAUGGGGGUUAACCCUUUGCUGCCUGGAGCUAUCGUAGUGGGCACCCACGUUAUGGAUAAGAAAGCAGCGAAGAAGAUGAAGAAGAAAAUGAAGAAGGCUCACAAGAUGCACAAACCACACAAGCUCCACAAGCUGCACGGCAAGCAUUCCUCCUCCUCUUCGAGCAGCAGUGAUUCUGACUGAGACAUCUCCCUGCCUUCCAUCCCUACCUUCUUCCCAAGAAUGCCGAUCCUCCUGUCACUUCCUGCUUCCAUCCAAUGCUAAUCUACUGAGUAAUCACCAGAUAAAAAUUGACUCCUGCUUGCCAUCCAGCCUGUUUUUACAGGUAUGGGCCAAAAUGUUAAGAUUAUCCCGCUGGCAUGCACCAGUGCAAUGCCUGAUGGGAACUCUGGUGGUGUUGAUUAAAUACAGCUGGUGUGAUCAACUGCCAUGCUGGAGCAGGAAGCCACCAACUGAUAUAAAGAAUGCUGCGAAAUAUAAAAGCUGUGAUGGCGGCCCUAGCCUUCUGAAAAUGUAAAGUGACCCUGCCUGCAACCAAUCAAGUAAUUCUUGAAGCUUUUUGGUUGGUUCUCAAAUGCCUGCAGAAACCUAUUGCGUUAUCACUUUAAGCUGAAGUUUGAUUAUGGCUGAAGUGCUUCUGAAAUCUCCCUUACUCCCCAGUCAACUGUUUACAUGAGGAAACAGUAAAUCAAAAGAGAGACUGCCCUAUAUUUGAAUGGUGACAAAUGCUUGCCGCUCACUAUAAACUGGCAUUAUAAGCGUCUUACAAUAACAAAUAAAAACAGGUUUGAUCAGGGAUAAUUAUGCAGUUCAUUUAUGCAUAUUUUAAGGGCUUUAUUAUGUGAUUUGAGGGGCAAAGUAAUUAGUUUUUCAUAGGACUGUUGAGGAUAAAAAUCUUCUUUUGAAUGUAUCCUAGAGAAUUGUUUGCUUCAGCCUGGGUGUAAAUCACUAACAUUAUGAUUAACUUUAAUAUUAUAUUCAAAGGGGGCAAUUCUUAUUGGUCCAGAGCAGGUAUCUGGCUUGAGGUUAGAAAUGUCUAACACAUUAUCAAAAGGGGUGUGUGCAGCAAUAUGAUUUUUACAUAUCCAUUCCAUUUUCCAUUCCAUUUAAAGGGAGUGUCUUGACUUUGUCUUUAACCCAUUCUUGACUGGUUGAUGCUCAUGCCCUCUCGAGAAAGGACUUAGAUUGCAUCCAGGUAUAGAGCUAAGGCUUGGAGGAAGACCAAAGUGGGCAGAGCUGUAGCCUGCCUUAACGUGACUUUUCUGGACCUCUUGGACUAAGGUGAAUGAAAUUUACCAGGAUGGAUGCUUCUGCUGCUUUGUUAGGCACAGGGAAGGAUGUCAGAAGCCAUAACAGAUUCCUUUGACAGCUUGUUUCCUAGUUUCUGAAUUCUUUCCAGCACCACCCAUCUACAGCUGUAAAAAUAUGUGUGUCCAAUGAUCCCUGGCUUAAAUUUAUUUCUUGUUGCCUUUGUUAACAAUAAAAAGUUUUGGUUUUAAUGUUUAA